AUGACCCCUGUCAUCAUACAUUGCAAUGGUACAUUUCCUUGUGCAAACUGCAGCAAGCGUCAAGUCCAAUGUUUCUUCGUCGCUCCUGUGCCUGCCACUGGAAAACCUCCAGGAUCAGCCAGUACCGCAUCAGACCAGCCUACCAAUAACAAAAAACGAAAGUUGGAUGACGUGGCUGGUUAUACAGAUGCGACGAACCGGACAGGAUAUUCAACGACACCGAGUGGUGUAAACCAUGAUCAACCUCCUCAUGGUGGCUACACGGCUAAUCUGAGUAGCACUGCUCAGUAUUCGCCAGACCGAGCGGCAAAGGUUUUGCAGAAUAUGACUCAAUUGCAGCAUGAGCAACAACAACGGAAUCGAGAUUCUUUACUUAACAUGAGCACAGCAGUCUCGGCGCAAGUCGACCAGACUACGGGUGAUGAGGCAUCGGAUGAGACCGACGAAGCUGAGCUACAGGGAAUGUCACGAAUGCUAGACGACGGCAAGGGAAGAAUGCUUUACAUUGGAGAUUCCGCUCCCUUAUCGUAUCUACAGACGAUUCGCCAACUUGUUGGUAGCGUGAUGGGGACUUCGAUGUUUACAGUCGAUCCACAUCGGCACAAUAUCCUCGAGGCAUCGAUGCAGGCACAACCUGUUACUUUUCAGUAUGCAAUUACGCUUCCAGAUCGUGAAGCUGCGUUGUAUCUGGUAGACUCAUUCUUUACCAACACAAAAGGAAUGCUGCAUCUAUUCGACGAACAAGUUUUCAAACAACGCGUCGAACGCACAUAUCUGAAUCCCCUCGCAGCAGACCAGUCAUGGAUGUGCAUUUUAUACCUUGUUUUUGCGGUAGGCCUUCAACUACGCUGCGUUCCGGCUCAACCGUCACCAAAAGAAGCCGCGAUUCUCAAAAGAUUGCUUUCGGACAACGUCGAUCGCAGUGAGAUGUUCUUCCUGGGCGCAAGGCAUCUCAAAGACUCUGCUUCAGGGAUAGAGGACGGUGAUUUCGCAUCUAUCCAAGCCCUGCUAAUUAUGACUUUGUAUAUGUUAUCGGUGGGGAAGAGAAACACGGCAUGGGCCUAUAUUGGCAUGGCUGUACGACUUGCAUAUGCGCUGGGAUUGCAUAGGGCCGAAACACAACGAGUAUAUGAUGAGACAGACAAGCACUCGAUGUCUCUACCAAGAGUUCUCCUCUGGCGUAGCCUCUAUAUCAUGGAUCGAUUUCUAGCAUCCUGCCUUGGCCGACCGACUUCAAUCCAAGACGAAGAAAUUUCCGAAGAGCUUUUCCCUCACAAAGACCGGUUCACAAACUUGUCCCCAGGAGCCGUGGAAAACUUUGAAUUCGAAGCCCUCUUUUCAUCCGUACAAGCAGCUCAGAUACAUGGUAAUAUCCUGCAUCAAAUUUACCGAUCACGCAAAGUGUCGUUAAAGAUUGCACGAAAUGUGGCAGUUCAGAUCCACGAGUGGACACAAUCACUACCGGAGAUAUUACAAUGGCGUCCAACGCCCAUGCCAGACGAUAACCCGGGAAAAGCCAUAGGUCAAUUGCAUGUGUGGAUGACAUACUUCCAUACUAUCAUUCUUCUGACUCGGCCAUUUUUGCUACUUCACGUUAAAAAGAUUAUUGCUCAGGAACGACGGAGACGCAACCCUCCUCCUGCUCACAACUCACCAGAUACAUCGGAGACAGUUGCAAGCUCUCCUAGCGAGAUACGCGUAGCUGAGAACCCUGAGCUCAAAAAAUACUCUGCUGCUUGCGUCCGAUCGGCGACGCAUAUGAUUCGUGCUGUGCAGACGAUUCGGGUGAAGGGAUGUUUGCCGCGGAGGAAUCCUUUUAUAAUAAACUGGAUGUUCAUCGCUGCCCUCAUUGUACUGACAAAUUCAUUCUUCAACGUCUACGAAAACCCCGAGAAUGACUCGAUCGCGCAAAUGGCCAUUUACCUACAUCAGCAUUUCGCCGAAUCCGAUAUACUAGCAGCUCGUUACCUACACAUUCUUAAAUCAUUCCAGAAGACAAUUGCCGAUCGUCGGUCGAUGAAUGGCUUGCUGGAGACCACGAACAAACCCUAUACCAUGAAGGAUCCGAUAGAAGAUCUUUUCUCGGGAAAAGCGCAUCUUUCUCAACGUCGUGGGCGCAAUAACAGUGGAGCUACCGCUACUACCAUGGCACCCGCGGAUAUGUCUACACAGUCGACACAAUUACCGGUUUCAUGGGAUUGGCCUCGGGCUGCUACUUCUUUGCCUCAAGCCAACAAUGCGGUUGGAGAAAGCACUCUACCCAAUAUAGCCACCACAGCAGGCCUAGAUCUAUCCACCAUACCGGGAUUAUCUGGUGAUCACCACAACCACUUCGGGGAUAAUGUUGAGGGACUCGUUUUUCCCGGCGCAGAGGAGCUCUUGGGUCCUGAUCCAGGUCCUAUUUUGGAGGAAGUCAUUCAUUUCGACAUGUUGUGGCCACUCAAUCAGGACACGGGGUUGUAUUCCGGAAAUAUACCCAUGUAUGGAAUUGAUAGUUAUCUGUAA